AUAAUCUUAGUUAUCAUGGCAUUUAUUAAUAUAUUUUUGUACAUUACAGCUGACCCGUGCGCCAAUGUGACAUGCUCUCCUGGCGUCUGUGUUGUGGAUCCCAAGGGCAUUGCAAGAUGUUACUGUCCUGCUGGUUACAUUGACUCAGAGGGCACUUGUUCGCCUGACCCGUGCGCCAGUGUAACGUGCUCUGCUCCUGCUGCCUGUGCUGUGGAUCCCAAAGGCAUUGCUGACUGUUACUGUCCUUUUGGGUACAUUGAAAACAAGGGAACUUGUUUGCCAAAUCUCUGUGAAUUCAGUCUUUGCCUCGGUACAUGUUUAACGAACGGAUUAAUAACUCAAUGCGUGUAAUCACCCCACAAUGAGGAGCUUUCCAUCAUAAACAGCGAUACACUUCAUCAUUGGAAGUGCAUGUCAUCAGUGCUAUGAGAAGCCUUUCAUUAAGGUCAACGAUACAACACACAAUUCCCUGGGAACAUUCAACAUUUUGUUUAAAACGUGGGAACUAAUUAGCAAAAUAUAAAAGAAAAUGAUUUACAACUUGAAGAAAGGGUGAAGAAGAUAUUCCACCCUAUAUUUAGUAAAUAUAGGGUGGAAUAUCAUCCUCUUUAGUAAAUAUAGCGUGGAAUAUCAGCCCAUUAAUAAAUAAACCUUUCAUAUUCCUUGACUUGGCUAAGAACUUUUUGAUGUUUUCUAAUACGUAAAAAUUCCCUUAGGCAGCAAAAUAUUUAGUUUUGGGGAAUUCAGACACUUUCCAACAAGUACAUCACACAAGUUUUGUUUAUUUAUUUACAUAUUAUGAAUGCUUUGGAUCUUUUUAUUUGGCUGUUGCAGGCAAAAAGAGUAAAAUUUAAGUUAGUAUUAUGUAUAGCGUUAUGUAAACUGUGCUUAGAUUUAUUGAUAUUCUUUCUGACAAUCUAAAACUUCAAGGCUAGUAACAACAAUCGCACAGCUUUUAACAUUGAAUUUAUUAAGAUAUAUAUCCAGUAUCCAUAAACAGUUCCAUAACAUUUAGAAAGUAAUGAGUGCCAAUGAUAUUUGGAAUUAAGUUUCAUUUAUUUAACAAUAUUAUGUAAUUGAAAAGCCUUUUACGUUUCAAAGCAAUCAAUAGCAUAUAUAAAAUUUUUUACUAAUAUCAAAAUGCAAACAAUUGUCUUUGAGUGUGCCGCCUGCUUUUAAAUAAGUGUGUUCAAUGCACAUUUCGCUAGC